AUGAGGCUCGCGUGUGAGUCGUUAGCGGCUCGUUGUCUUCUCCUAAUUAUUUUAUUACCUUUUGUAUUGGCUAAAAGGAAAUUGAAAGAACAAGAAAUUAUUCAACGAGUUCUAAAGGAAUAUGAUUGGAGAGUUCGUCCCAGAGGCUUAAAUGCAUCAUGGCCAGAUACUGGUGGACCAGUACUGGUAACUGUGAAUAUCUAUUUACGGUCAAUAUCUAAGAUAGAUGAUGUUAAUAUGGAAUACAGUGCUCAAUUCACAUUUCGAGAAGAAUGGGUGGAUGCCCGAUUAGCUUAUGGACGGUAUGAAGAUGAGAACACAGAGGUUCCUCCUUUUGUUGUUUUGGCGACAAGUGAGAAUGCUGAUCAAUCACAACAAAUUUGGAUGCCAGAUACUUUCUUCCAAAAUGAAAAAGAAGCUCGAAGACAUUUGAUAGAUAAACCCAAUGUUCUUAUACGAAUACACAAAGAUGGAUCAAUUCUGUACUCUGUACGUUUAUCACUUGUAUUAUCCUGUCCUAUGUCAUUGGAAUUCUAUCCAUUAGAUCAUCAGAAUUGCCUUAUAGAUCUCGCAUCAUAUGCUUAUACUACACAAGAUAUUAAAUAUGAAUGGAAAGCUACAAAUCCUGUUCAACAGAAAGAUGGAUUACGUCAAUCGCUUCCAUCAUUCGAACUUCAAGAUGUUCUUACAGAUUACUGUACAUCAAAAACAAAUACUGGUGAAUAUUCAUGUCUUCGAACCAAGAUGAUACUUCGACGAGAAUUUAGUUAUUAUCUGCUUCAGCUGUAUAUCCCAUCUUUCAUGUUGGUUAUCGUUUCUUGGGUAUCAUUCUGGCUGGAUAAAGAUUCUGUUCCGGCACGGGUCACAUUAGGAGUUACAACAUUACUGACCAUGACUACACAGAGUUCUGGUAUUAACGCUAAACUGCCUCCUGUCAGUUAUACAAAGGCAAUUGAUGUGUGGAUUGGAGUUUGUUUAGCCUUUAUCUUCGGAGCUUUAUUGGAAUUUGCUCUCGUUAAUUAUGCUGCUCGAAAAGAUAUGACAAGUUGUGGGCAGCGAAUGCUACAACAGCUACCACAGGAUGGAGGUUAUCGCCCACUGGCCGGAAGUCAACCACGAACUUCAUUUUGUUGUAAAAUAUUUGUUCGUCGCUAUAAAGAGCGUUCAAAACGAAUAGAUGUUGUCUCUCGAUUGGUAUUUCCAAUAGGAUAUGCAUGUUUCAAUGGAGAAUAUAGCUGUGCUCGUGUAGAAUUGCGACUUCGACGUGAAUACAGUUAUUAUCUUAUUCAAUUAUACGUUCCCUGUAUUAUGCUUGUUGUUGUCUCCUGGGUAUCUUUCUGGUUGGAUAAGGAUGCAGUGCCAGCUCGAGUAUCAUUAGGAGUUACAACAUUGCUCACGAUGACAACACAAGCAAGUGGAAUAAAUUCUAAGCUGCCGCCUGUUUCAUAUAUUAAAGCUGUUGAUGUAUGGAUUGGCGUUUGUUUAGCCUUUAUCUUUGGAGCUUUAUUGGAAUAUGCCAUCGUUAACUACUAUGGACGUAAAGAGUUUUUACGCAAAGAAAAGAAUAAAAAAACUCGAAUUGAUGAUUGCGUGUGUCCAUCAGAUAGACCUCAGCUUCGAUUAGAUCUAUCAAAUUAUCGUCGAAAAGGAUUUCCUUUAUGGAAUCGAAUAAUGAACCUCAUAGGUCAAAAUGCUGAUUUGUCCCGACGAGUCGAUUUGUGUUCGCGAUUGACAUUUCCAACCUUUUUCACAUGUUUCUUAAUUUACUAUUACUUUUUCUACGUGUUGGGAUCAGAACUACGUUUGAAACAUUAA